AUGGUAUCGUCGAGGAAGCGAGGUCGGCAGGAGAUGGAAGCCGUCGAACCUACACCAGAGCCGCCGAAGGAAAUCACGAUGCUGGAUCGCAUAAGGAACAUGUGGGAAUUCGCGGCCCUGACCCAAUACAUCUUCACAUUCGGAAGGGCUGUCAAGAUUGACGAGAAUCUCGAUACAGAGGAACUGGAGAUGGCAUGUCUCACGCAUCACUCCACGAUUCUGCGGGAUAUUGGUUUAGCGCUCCUUAAAUUCGUCUCUUCUCACAAAGGACUUACUCCCGAGAUUUUCGAUGAAUACACAAGACGACAGUAUGUUGCGAGGGCGCCUGAACGCAACCCCUUUGGAGUUGAAGAAGAGCCGGCCAAGUUCUUGGAUUUCGACACAUUUACAAAGAUUCGAGUGUUACAACAACUCACUCAGUGGACAAUGGUCAAUCCAGAUCGUAUUCGCGACAGGAUGGAAGAGAAAAAGGAUACGGAACAAGCAGUCUGGCGGAUUGAGCCUUUUGGAUGGGAUUCAGAAGAUCGCACAUACAUCUUACUCGAUGAUAACCGACUCUACCGCCAGACCGAACCUCCUCCACCUCCAGCACCGACCCCUAAGCCGAAGAAGAACUCCAAGAAAGCGAAAGCAGCACAACGGGCUAGCAAGCGGAGGAAGGUCGCCGAGGCGGUAGAGAGUGAGACCGAAGCCGCUGAUGAAAGCAUGGUUGGAGAAACCGUGGGCGAGAUCAAAGAGGACGACGGUCUCGGUGGGAUGAAAUGGGAAUGUAUUGCUGUAUCUUACCAGGAUUAUACCUCAUUCCUCGCCACGAUAGAGAAGAGCCGCGAUCCGAACGAAAAGAUAUUAUGGAAGAGAUUGUCAGAGGAUGUGCUACCCAUCCUGGAGAAGCAGGAAGAAGCCCGCCAGCGCAAAGCAGCCCAAAAGGCGCGCGAAUUACAAAAUCUUGAAAAGCUUGCCACCGCAAAGAGGUCGAGUAGAAUAGCAGGAAAGAUGGAAAUGCAAAAGCAUGAAGAGGAAACGCGGGAAGCAGAACGCAAAAGGCUGGCGGAGUUGUCUAUGGCGAAGAAAGAGCAAGAGAAAUGGCUAAAGCUGGAGAAAGAACGUGAAUCCCGAAUGGUAACUCGUGAGCAGCGCUUGAAGGAGAGAGAGGCCAGACGAAUUUUACACGAAGAGGAACUUGCCAAUCUAUCUGAGGAUAGUAAAAAGAUUGAUGCUGGCGCCGGACGCCUGUCAGAGCGUCAUCUCAAAGCCGAAAUCGAGAAGAAGAAGCAAGCACUUGAGGAGCUUGCGGAGGAAGAAGAUUGGAUAUUUGACUGCAUUUGUGGUGCAUACGGUCAAAUCGACGAUGGCACGCACAGUAUUGCAUGUGACAAGUGCAACAUUUGGCAACACAGUAAAUGCGUUGGAGUAAGCCAGAAGGAGGCUGAGAGAGAUGAUUUCUCUUUCAUAUGCAAGACUUGCCAACGGAGAGCAGAGGAUGCUGAACGAGCCAAGAACCGCCCGCCUAUUAUGCUUAAACUGGGUCGUCCGGGAUCUUCUUCUUCUCCUGCAGCCAAGGAUAGCUUUAGCGACAAUGUCUCUGUCGUCCUCCCAGCAAAACUUAAUGGAAAUAUAAGCUUUCCACCAAGUACAUCCAACGGCACACAUAGCUCACCAGUCAAGUCUCUACAAACGGCUCCAAAGCUUGCCACAUGGCAACCUGGAUCUGCUCUUUCACCACAAGGACGACAAUCUCAUGAUACCUCUAUAGCCCAGACUCCACGCUCUCAACAAGAUACCAGCCUCAGUUCACCUCGGCGGCAACCCCAGAGUAGUCCGAUCCUACCUCCCAACCACACUUCUCGUCUUAAUCAAGGACCGCUUUUCACUAGGCAACUUGGAUCUUCAUCUCCAAACAGUAAAACGCAGCAACCCUUCAGUGCUAUCAGACCAUCAAGCGCUCAUGCCUUUUCUUCUCCACACCCAAAUAGUCCAACAAAUUUGCCGCCGCCUAAUCAACCGGCAGUUUACACAUUCAUGAACGGAAAUGGCAUGAAUCAUAACAAGAGUGUAGCAAACCCAAACUCUUCCCCAUCACGGAAGACUUCAGGAUCACCCCCUCUAGCUACCAUGGCCUUGAAUGGCUCCAGGUCAAUAUCAAGCGAUAGCAACCAAGACAGCCGCGUGUUCGGUGCUUCAUCACCUUUCGCGGGUGGCCCUGUGCUCACUCCGGCCGCGAAGACAAAGUCACAUACGGAAACGCCAUUGAGCAACAAACCUCAGAGCUCUGCGCCGAAUAUGCAUGUCUGGAAACCAGCGGGAUCAUCGCCACUCCAGACAAUGGCGACUCCUGCGAAUCAAGGGCAGUCUUCUCAGAACCAAAUCGAGGAUCAAUCUUCGGCGCUUCCCUCUGCUGCCAGCGGAUUAUCGCCUACAAAGCACUCUCCACCGCGGUCAUUCUCUUCGAGUUUCGGAUCCCACACACCUUCGAUUUUACCACCAGUGGCCACGCUAUCACCUAACUUCCAGAAGCAGAUCCUCACUCCUCCAGUGAAGGUAUCUGACCCAGAAAGGAAUCGUCCUAAUGGACAGGCUUCUUCUCCAGCGCCAACGUAUUAA